AUGUCCGGUCGGCCCAAGGUGAUUGCUCACGAGGCCAAGGGAUUCCCGUUGGACAAUUAUGGCCGCUACCUCUACGACCACAUUGUGCCCGGUACACAGGUGCACACCUUCUAUUCCAAAAACCUCCAACACAGCUACACCAAUCGCAAUCGGCACUGCCAAGUUGGCCCAAUAGAAGUGCUGGGUCAGACAUACGAUUACGAUCAACUUGACCUUGUCUCCACUGUGUUUGUGUUGGCGAAGGAAUUGCAUGGUUUUACUCUCCACAACUUUGGCAGUAAUGGUUCGUCGUGGAAGAGGAGGAUGAAAGCUGUUUAUAGAUAUGUGGCAACAUUUCAGGCUGCUUGUCAGUGGAAGAAGACGUGUGAAUACCUCCACAAUGAGUGCCAGUGCUACUGUCCGUUGGAGAUUUUGCGUACGUGGGAUAGAGAAAGCAUAAACAGGCCAGAGAACUUCUGGACGUCCCAUCCGGAAAUUGAGGAGCACUGCAUUCACAGCUGUUACUACGAGCAGCAGAUAAUGCUGGUGGAUACAGGCGUCUGUCCCUACGCCUGUAACACAGCAACCUAUCAGAAGCACAAUGAGGUGCGCUUUCCCAAUGCUACUGGUUUAGACAGCAUCGAAGUGAACUUCAUUCAAGAUGAUGCAAUUACCCAGAAGACGGAGGAAGAGUUGUUUGGACUGGCAAAGCUCUUUUCUGAGGUCGGUGGAUUAAGUUCAUUUUUCUUCGGCUUUUCUUGCCUUGUGAUAUUUGAACUAUUUGAGUCGUGCGGUCGAUUCUGGAAUAAGUGGUUGCGAAGACAAUUCAAGCAACGACGUAAAAAAAGAAAUUUUUGCCGACUCACAAAGUCCCUAGCAUUUUGUCGUGGCGCUGCCUGCGCACCUCACUGCCUACCCCCUGCAGAGGACAGCCCAAUCUUCCUCUGCAAAAAUGUUCAUCAUAUAUGCCCUUUUAGUGAUGCGUUGCCAACCACCGAUUGUGAUCUCGCUGUGUGGAUGGACAUUGAUGGGGCACUGAUUCCCGUGUCCAUUGAAUGA